GUAUACUUUCGGUAUUUAUAAAUCUUUUUGGUGUUUAUGAUCUUCUUAUUGGAGAUAAUUUGUGCGUAACUAAUAAACAACAUGGCGGCAUCCGACGGAUGGGUUGAUUUAUUGAAAAAAUCGCAAAAAACAUGCAUGAUUCAAGAUGAGAGAAGAAAAAUUCAUUUUACGUUAACAGACGGACGGGAGCUGGCAGAGGAGUAUGAUCUCAGAACAAAUGAACUUGUUGUGCGCAAAUGGAAAAAGAAAUCAACACUGGGUGGGGCUGGAAAAUGGGAGUUUGAAGUUGGGGAGCAGCUAGCCCCUCCCAUGCUUGAGGCACAGGGUCUUAUGGAAAGUAAUACUAAUCCGAUAUUUGUAAGGAAAGAUACGGUACUAUCAUUCCAGUGGAGAAUUCGGAACCUGCCAUAUCCGCUAGAUGUAUACAAUGUUACUUGUGACCCAGAUCAAAAUAUCAUCAUUAAAACAUCAAACAAAAAAUAUUACAAGAAGUUUAGGAUCCCUGAUAUGGAAAGGUGCAAUUUACCACUAGAACAAUCAAAACUUUCAGUCGCUCAUGCAAACAACACUCUUAUAGUAUCAUAUAAAAAGCCAUCAACUAUAUUAGAGAUGGAGAAAACAUUACAAUCAGAAUUUAGCAAGUUAAAGGCAAAUAAAGAUGGUGAUGUAGACUGUACACCAAGCUGAUAGUGGAUAUCACAAUAGAUCAUUCUCAUGUUACACCUAUGUUGAGUACCAUAGAUGACAUUAUAAAGUUAAUCCACUUUCAUUGAAAUAGCUGCUGCAUUUGAUGAACAUACAGUGCCAUUUGACAGGGAUUAAACUGGUUAUAACUUAUAACGUCCUUUCUCAAGUUUGUUCAAAUGGGGGCACUGAAUGGCCUCUUUUAGGGGCUGCUAGAGCUAAAAACAGAAAUACUGCUGUGAGGUGGUGCAUGGGAAGAAUGAGUGUUUAUGAGGAACAAAACACAACCGCAAUUUUAAUAAUAACUCCAGUUGAUCUGCACAGACACUUGGUGAACAAACAUGAUCACUUUUACUCUUCUACCUGAGUUGUAUAUUUGAAACAAAAAUGGACUCAACUUUUAAGGAAAAUAAAAUGUAAAUCUAUAAAAGGGAGAACAGAUAGAUGCAUGCUUUGAAUGUUUCUGCUAGUUUAUUUAUAUGGGCCUUAACAACUAUAGAGUGGAUGGCAUAGGACAAAAUGUGAAAUAGGAAUGAAUGAAGAAAACACAGUUUAUGAAUAAAUCUAUUUUUUGCAAACAGA